CCGCCGGGGCCGGGCCCGCGCCGCGCCGCCGCCAAGGAUGCACAUGAACCCCUCAAAAAGACAGCCACUGAUCCCAGUGCUGAAAACAAGAAACUCAACAAAUCCCAGCAGCUGAAACAAGUUUUUAAAGAAUAUGGUGCUGUAGGAGUUUCCUUCCAUGUUGGAAUUUCAUUAGUAUCUCUGGGAAUCUUCUACUUGGCUGUGUCAAGCGGUGUGGACAUGAGCGCAGUUCUGCUCAAGCUGGGCUUCACUGAGGUCUCGCUGCAGUCCGGGAUGGCAGCUGGCACCAGCACCUUCGUGCUGGCCUAUGCUGUGCACAAGCUCUUUGCCCCAGUGCGCAUCAGCAUCACCGUGGUGUCCGUGCCCUUCAUCGUCCGCUACUGCCGCAAGGUCGGCUUCUUCAAACCCCCUGCCUCCAACCCCUGAGCUCUGCCUGGCUUUUUGUUUUCCAGUGCUCCACAUCCACGUAGCUCUUCAGGUGCAAAGUUUAAAGGACUUAUUUGGGUUCAGGUUGACCUCAUUUUGCGUUUCUUACUUGGUCUUUCAGGUAAUUGUGAGAAGUGCUGUCCUUGUCUCCUUUCCCUUUUGCCACUUACUCUUUGGAAAAACCUGUUCAAAUGGGAUCUGGUUUGCACUUCAAGUGGGAAUAUAAAUGCUUGACAAUGAGCACAGUUCUGGGUCUUUAUAAUCCAGCUUUUUGAACCUUUUUUUUCCUUUUCAAAACAGUCAUAGCACUCAUUUAUUACUGUGUAGCUGAGAAAGUGAGAUUCUCUUUCCAGUAGAAUAAACAAUAUCUCACUACGGGGGGUAGUUCUCUUGAAAAGGGUAUAUAUUGGAAUCUAAAGUGGCAGGUGCGUGGUUUUUUGUUAGGAGAGGCUUAUGUUAUAGCCUCUCUUGCAGUAUAACACAGGCACUGAACUCACUUAAGUAGGAAUACCCAUAUGAUGGAUUAUUGCACAGUCAUAAUUGGUUUAGUCACCAAUAGGUGAUGCACUGUUCUGAAACUACGUGUAGUGCUUCCAUAUUCCAAGAUUUUAUUGUCUGAAAAUGUGCUGGCUAGGAGCCAGCCUUACUAAAGUUCUUUUUUUUUUUCUCCUAAUGUCUAUAGACUCAGAAGAAAUCCUGAGUCUAUUGAAGUCACUGUAACCAGAAUUACCUCUGUGAACAUACUCCAAAGAGCAUCAAGGCAGAGAUAAGCUGGUGAAGGUUUAGCAUUUUGAGAUCUGACUUUGUACUGGAAACACUUUUUUUUUUUUUUUUUAAAGUAAGCCCAGCAGCUCUCUGCUCCUGUGGGUGAAACUCAAAUCUGCACGUGAAGUCCAAACAUUCCAAUUUGCAGCAUCCCAGGAAGAAUUCCUGUGCUUUGGGUGGAGAGUAUAGCAAUGAGGGGGUGUUGCCCUUCCUUAUGGACACACUGUUGUGUUAGAAUGUAUCAUCCACAUUCCACCUUCCAGUUAACCCAAAGACUGAUCCCAAAACAUAAAUGAGUGUAACACUGGGCUAAGCCUGAGUUUGGGGCUCAGGCCUGUGCUGCUGUGAGUUUGAGCCAGAUCUGGGGGUGUUUGGGACCUGCUGUCUGCUCUUUUCACAUUUGUGCUUGCACUUACCCCAAGGUGGCUCUGAUACAUCUGUUCAUACAGAGCUGUGAUUUAAGUAAAAUAGCAGGAAGAUAGCCUGAUGCUUUUGAUUUUUGCUAAAAUUUAGUGAAUGGAGGAAGGAAUUGUGGAGUUUUGAUGAGAGUUGGCUGAGGGAGGAAAGGAGGAGCAAAUAACCUCUUGUUAUGGAGCAGCUGCUUGCCUCCCCUCAGCCAGAACAUUAAAUUGCACCUUAACUCCUUCCCCCCCAGGAAGGCCCAGCUUUCCUGUGUACCAAGGAUAAGAAUUCCUAAAUAACUCUUGAGGCAGCCUUGUGUACUUCAGAAUCAUUUCUGAGAAGUUUUGUCUUAAACUGGAUAGAGAAGGUAUAUUCAGAGCUUCUUUUUCAAAAUCCUGUGUAAAGCUGAACUCCUUCAAAAUAAAUGUACCUAAGUCAGUAGAAGGCACCAGCACUCAACUAGAGAUUUCUUGCUGUAAAGAAACAGCUUCAGAUAAAUUAUGGCCAGACUUCUGAUUAGUUAAGGUAAAUAGGGUUGUAUAAACUACUGGCAGUUUGUUUAGAUGAAUUUUUUUGCAAAGUAUAUUUUAAAUUAAUUCAAGAAUAUAUUUUGAAUUCUAGAAUCCUUACUUGUAGAAGGAUCAUUUUUUUAAAUUGUUUAUAAAAUAGCCAAGUCUUAUAGUGAAAAGACAAUAAAUUGCUUUCUCUUA